AUGGCAACAAAUGAUUUUCUGGGCCUGGUUUCAUCGAUUUUUGUGCUCAAUCUCGAUUUGGCUUCGGACAUCGCUCAGUUGGUGCCUCAUGAAGUGCUACUUAAGCUGACCAGUAAACAAUCGAUGAUCAAUGUCUCAAAGUCGCUCAGCGGAAAAUGCUCUAAAGAAGAUGAAGAGCUGAGGAAAGCGGCUAGAAUCGUUCACAACACCGAGCAUCAUCUCUAUCAACGUAUCGAUCAAUUAGAAAUGGCCGAGGGUUGUGGAAUUCCGAAAUAUUUUGGUGGCAUCGACUAUAGUACAGUCUUGGAUACAGGAUAUUUUCUCAUUGAAGUCGUGAAAGAUGUUCAUCCAGUUCGAUACUAUGAUAACAUCUCAAUGAAGGCUGUCAGUCAAGUUCUCGAGUCUCUUGCGAGGCUGAAUGCCAAAUUGAUCUCAAAUCGAGACCUUUUGUCAAACUUUAACGACAAGAUCUGUGCUGAUUUCUCGGCUAAUAACUCAAUUCGAGGCGGCUAUGGAAUCGAGAGAUGUGCGGCUGGUUUUCUUAGCAUAGCCUCUCGCUAUCCGAAUCUCGAUCGAGAAGCGAAUCUGCUGGCCAGCUUUGCCGAGAGUGACUAUCCACUGCUUUGCCACUGGGAUUGCCACUUGGGGAACGUGCUAUGGGCAAAGGAUGAGAAAUCGAAUAAGUGGGAGAUGCUGAAAAUUGUCGACUGGCAGACAGUUCAUCUCAACAAUCCGAUCAUCGAUGUAUGUCGUAUCACCUUUUCGGCCCUUUCUCCUGACGACUUCGGACAACAUUUGGAAAGUCUUCUUCAUCUAUACUACAAGACACUCUCUGAGAAUACCACCGGCCAAUUGCCCUGGAAGAGCUUUGAAACGAUGAGAAAAGCUUAUGAUCUCGUCUUUCCCCUCCAAGUGAUUCUUGUUGGAUAUUUGUUGGGAAAUGAGACUUUUGUUGAGAGACAAGUCUCCAGAUUGACUGAUUCGGAAAAAUCAAAAGCACGAUGUUCAAUCGAGGCGAAACUUCAUUCAUACGUCAACUAUGCGGCGAGAUGUGUCGAGAAAUAUUAUCUACUACAGAAAUCCACUCAUGCAAGAUUUCGAUUUGUUAAUGAAUGUAAUGAAUACAUUGCUGGGAAUUCAAUGCUCGAC